AUGAGUGAAGUUCCGGCAUGCAGCAUCCUGUACCCACACAGAGCCGGCAACGUGUAUAUGAUUCAGUACUACGCUUACUGGGAUGGGGAUGAAGUUGAGAAGAAAGAGAGGCACUUGGAUUGGAUUCGGAGGCUUGAGGGUUACUUGGCGCCAUUCGUGUCGCAGGGUCCAUGUGGAGCUUAUGUCAAUGCGAGGGAUCUUGAUCUUGGGAUGAAUGGUGAUGGUUCAAGAAGGGCGUCGAGCUAUGAACAAGAAUGUGGUUGGGGGAGGAUGUUAUUUUUAACAUAUGUAAUCCCCAAAACUUCAUCUUAUCAUAUUAUCAAAGAUUAG